AUGCGUCUGGUUGGUUUUUCAAGCGAUAUUCAAAAAAAAAAUCUGAAAAAAAAUUUCUGAAAAAAAUUUAAGAAAUCAUGACUCUUUGCUGAACAUGAAUUUUUUUUUGUGCAAUAUUUUGGGCGGAGCAAGCCAAUCAGAGGCUGUUUGGGAGAGAAAUGUUCUCUUAAAGUACCUCUUGGCUCAUAAAACGGUUUGAUUUCAGAGAGGACGUAGGAUGCCCGUAUCGCGACCGGUUUUUCUCGCCUUUUGUGGUAUCCUAAUCGGGUUUACUGUUUCGUGAGUGUCGUUCCUUUUUUUUCAGGAGUAGUUGUAGUUAUUUUAGUGUCCCUGAGUUUGUUAAGAGUCUUUUUGAAGUAUUUUGAAGUUCUCGAGCAAAUAUUUGAGAAAAGUUGGAGAAGCUACUUGUGAAGAUUGCCGAAGUACUUUUCGAGAGAUCAAUUUUUGAGGGCCGUUAGGAUCACUCAAAAAAACAAAGUUUUUUUCUAAUUACUUGAGAGGAAAGAGCCAAGUUAGUAGAGUUUUUUCAUUGGGAAGUCCAUUUCAAACCUUAUUCUUUCGGGCUUUCUUCUUUUUCUCUUUUUCUUUGAAAUAUCACUCAGAUAAUGCCGUUGAAAGCUUUUGAAUGGGAGUUGAAAGCUCAAAAGUGAGCUGUAAUACUUUUUUUCAAAUGAAAAAAAUCGUCUGUAAACUCUUCAGAUAUUUUUUAGAAAAACAUCAAAAUUUUUCAAUGAAGCCACCUUCAUGGUUAGAUCAUGAUUUUCACAGUAUUAAUUGAACUCAUUUUCAUCAACCAUCUUCCAGGUACACAUGGACGUUUGUGAGCUUCCCUGAGCCGUCGAAAUGCGCGAGUACGGCGGAGCAACUUUCGGCCGAGGAGCUGCUCGGCCCAAGCUCCAACGGCAACGUCUUCGAGAGGGCCCAAGCGAUUCCCGGAAGACGUCGCGGACUGAUGCUCGUCGCGAUCAUGACCGCCGCUCGUUACGUCGACACUCGGGCCUACAACGUCUGGAAAACUUGGGCUCAGCACGUUCCUGGAAAGGUUUGGAUCCGUUUUUUUCUUCUAAAGAAAUAAGAACUAUGUGUAUGAAAAGGAAAAGAGCAGAUAUUUUUUCUCAAAUUUGGCUUAUUUUGAGUGAGUGGUUCAUAUUAUUUGAAACGUCCACGAAAAAAAAAUUUGAGCAAGAAGCAAUAUUUCAGCCACUUAUCAAGCGUUGCUGCAUAAAAAUUAUAACGAAUCUAAUUAGGUCCUUCUUUUUGAGAAAAUUUAAGGGAAAUUAAAAAUAACCGAUUUUUUGGAAACCUCUUUGGCUAUACCGGAGAACAGAAAAAAAGACGGAAAAUGUGUUGGCAACUCAAAAAAAAAAGGGCUAGGAAUCCCUGAAAUGAAGAUCUACAGGUUCUCUUCUUCGUCGCCGAAGGGACGGAGAGCAUCCAUCCAGAAAUGCCGUUGAUUCGGCUGAAAGGCGUCGACGACACGUACCCUCCGCAGAAAAAAAGUUUCGCGAUGGUCAAGUGGCUAGCCGAGAACAUGGCAAGACCCAACUAGAGCCAGAGAAAACAGCCGUUUUCCAUUUUAGGCUGACGAAUACGAUUGGUUCCUUCGCGGCGAUGACGACCUGUACAUCCGUGGCGAAGAACUCGCCCAGUUCUUGAGAUCCAUCGAUUCUUCUAGGUAUUGAGAUCCGAGUAGUCUCGUCGACUCUCUCAAUUCAGAGCCCACGUGAUCGGACAAGCCGGCCUCGGAAACACGGCCGAGUACGGACUCUUGGCUCUCGGCUCCACCGACAACUACUGCAUGGGUGGGCCUGGUGUUGUGAUGAGUCGUGCUACCCUUUUGUGAGCUUUUUCUUCUCCUUCGGUAGUCUUGAAGAGUCUCUUCUCCUCUGUUGUUUCUUUGUGGGUUAGAUGUGAAGACAUGUGAGCCGUGGCAAAAGUACCUCUGAUGUAGGGUUUUCUGACUAAAAACUUUCUCUUCUAGGUAAAAAUGAAAGCUUGCAAAAAGUUUGCAUUGACUUUUCGUUUUACCUUUGUCUUUCAACUUUCUAAUAGAAAGAGCACCAAAGUUUCGAUUCAAAAAUCAGAAAAAAAAAACUUUUUUCGAAAUCUUAGAAGCUCUACUUUACUAGUUAAUAAUUUUAACAUUGCUGUUCUUGUCAUCUGCUUUGACGACGGCUCAGUCGUUUCUAGAUAUUCUGUCGAAGGCUGUGCUAUGAAACAACUGCCUUGUGCUUUCUGCCGAACAACAAAUAAGUCAUCGUUUUGUUUCAGGAAGGUCUCCCCUCACUUGGAAACUUGUCUCCAGCACCUCCUGACUUCCCAUGAAGACGUCGAACUCGGUCGCUGCAUCCGCAAACACGUCGGCGUUGCCUGCACCUGGAACUACGAGAUGCAGAAGUUGUUCCACAACAAUCAGAGAUCCAUCAAGGUGUGGAGAUCAUGGAGAGACAUCAUGCCUUUCUUCUCUCAGGAACUGAAAGACACGGAAGAGUUGAAAGCGGCCAUCACGCUUCAUCCCAUCAAGGAUCCGGCCGUCAUGCGCGCUGUUCAUCUGACAAAUCGCGAGAUUAAGCUGCAAGAGGCACGUUCGAAACGUGUUUCUCUGGCCUCGGAGCUCAGCAGUUCCAAGAAGCCAACUCUCGUCCGAUUGAUGCCCAACCGGUAGAAAUCUCAUCGCGUUUCUUCUCACUGUCUGAGUUUGCAGAACCAGCGACUUGACGCCCUGGGAGUACAUGAACAAUAACAAGAUUUUAUUCUGCGCCAAUCGGCCCAAUUGUCCAAGACACACUGCGGAUGCCAGCGUUCGGGCUGACAUAAGCACCACGAUCACAAGAGUAGGCUGAAGAUUCACAUGAUUUUCACGUUUUUUAGCUCUUUGAGGAGUUCAAUGCGAAUGCUCGGCAGCGCGGACGCAAUUUGCAGUUCCAGAGCUUGCAGUAUGGCUACAUGAGAGUCGAGCCACGUUUCGGCGUCGACUACGUUCUCGACAUGAUCCUUUGGUAAAUUUUUGAAAAUUCCACUGUCCCCAAGAACUCAUUUUAGGUUCAAAAAGUUCCGACCGCCUCACAGAACGACGCUUUCCGUCCGGCGUCAUGCUUACGUUCAACAGACCUUUGGACCGCUGAAAACUUUGCCAGAAGCCAAAAUGAGGUGGGCGAGGCGCCUUUGAGAUCAUUCAAUCGACAGCUUCAGGGCGAAUCUCCGCUUGAACAGCUCUCUUGUCGAGGACACCUCCAUUCACAUGAUCAUGCCACUGCGUGGGCGUGCCGAAAUUUUUGCAAGGUUUCUUAUUAUAGAGAAACUUUACCAACGUUUCCUCGUUUCAGAUUCGCCACACAUCUGAAGAACGUCUGUCAGCGGAGUAACGGCGAGGACAACAAUGUCUCUUUGCUCAUUGUGCUCUACUCGAGUGAAGAUGAAGCGAGAAACAGGUAAGGUGCAGAAAAAAUCAUUUUCGUAUAUGGUCAGUGAAGGAGGUUUGAGAUCCGAGAAGCGCCUUUUAAAGAUUUCUAUAUAAGAACUCAAAACAUCCGUUCAUCCUGGUGUGGCUUCAACGUAUCUUUCAUAUAGGGAGACGAUAGAGUUCCUGAGGGCGAGUUCGAUCCCAGUGAAGGUGCUCGAAAUGGGAGACGCGGCGUUCUCACGCGGAAUCGCGCUGAUGCAAGGAGCCGCGAUGCUGCCCCACAACGCGUUGCUCUUCUUCACCGACGUCGACAUGCUCUUCACUUGCGAUGCACUACAUCGGAUCCGUCUCAAUACCAUCCUCAACGCACAGGUUUGACCUCCAUCUUCCUCGAACAAUGAUGAAUUUCUUGCCUUCAGGUCUAUUUCCCAAUCGUGUUCUCCGAGUUUUCGCCGGAGAGCUGGUCGGAGAACGACCGACUUCUCGCCGACGCCUUCCAUUAUGGACGUCGGCGCGGCUACUUCAGGCAUUUCGGAUAUGGACUCGCCGCCAUGUAUAAAGUUCGUCUUUAUUCUGUUCUUCUGAACAAUUCAUUUGUUCUUCAGGCCGAUUUGAUGGCGAUCGGAGGCUUCAACACGAAAAUCGAGGGGUGGGGCAAAGAAGACGUCGACUUGUUUGAAAAGGUUAGUAAUGGGAAGGACAGUUUUCCUUCUUGCUCUAUAUCUCCUAAACUAGAAGAUCCCCCGGACAGCUAUGUGGGUGAAACUCCUAGUACUUCAAAGUCUUCGAGGGAGUUUUUUGAAAUUCCCGAAGGUAUAUCUGAACUGGAAAAUUGAGCAAAGGUCACAUUUGGAGUUUGACCUUUUGUGAAUCUAACUUGGAUGAACUUUCGAAAUUCUGCAGGUUAUUGCGUAUGGAAAGCUGCGAGUGAUCCGAAGCCCGGAGCCAGGCCUCGUGCACAUCUACCACCCGAUCCAUUGUCCGGAGACCAUGAAGAAGGAGCAGCUGGACAUGUGCCGCGGCUCGAAGGCCGCCAGUCUCGCCUCCAUCGACACUCUUGUAGAGCAAGUCGCCCAGUACAGCUGA